AAUUUAAAACAGAUUUAAUAUAAUUAAUGUUUGCAAAGCAGAAAACAAUAAAAAGAAAACUUCAUUUGAAUAUUAUAGUUAAAUUUCUUAAACAAAUAUUAUAUAUUUAAGUUAUUUAGUGUUAUCUGGUGAUAGUUUACGAUUUAAUCAAAUAUUUGACUUGAAUGACAUCAGGUACAUAAACUUUAGUUCCAAAGUCGACCGCUAGAGUAGUACCCAACUAUAACCACAGAUUUCUACAAUCCACCGCAAAACAAAACUUGAAUAUUUCUAGUUUAUAUUUUAUUAUUAAAUAAAAUGUUAAGUAGUGUUAUUGUAACAAAUCACAUACGAUGUUUGUCUACAUCGAGUACUCUUCAUGGCGUAGGUCGAAUGAUGAAGAAAAUGAUGACAAAACCCAGAAAACAAAAAAAAUACAUUGUUGAAGAGAAGCCCGUUUUAUCAGCAGCCCAAUCUUUGGGAGCAAUCACAGGAGAUGGCAAGAAGGCAGUCAACAGCAAAAGAAUGAAUGUGUUAAACAAACUGUUCAUGAGACACAUCACUGAUUUAAUGUCAACUGGAACUUAUGCACAUGCUUUUACAGGACAUGGCAUAGAAAUUAACAGGGUCAAAGUAUCAACAGAUUUUCAGUUUGUCAAAGUUUACUGGCUUGCAAGAUCUGAUAAAUUAGUAGAGAACAUUGAAGAUAUUUUAAAAUCACAUGCUUUUGCACUGAGGCAUGAAUUAACACAAUUGCAUGUAGUGGGUAUUGUGCCAAAGAUAGAAUUUGUUAAAGAUAAUCAUUACACACUGCUAAAGUUAUUAGAUGACAAAUUAGCACAAGCAGAUUAUGGUGAAGAACAUGAACCUGUGGAUCAAGCAAGUCGUUUAAAGAAAGAAUUAGAACUUCAAACGAAAUUGGAGUUCACUUUGCGUGAAAAAAUCGAAAAACUUGACGAAAUUAAACCAUCGGAUGAAACAGCUGAACAAGAUAUCAAACUAGAUGCUCCAGAAAUGCCACAAAACGUGCUGGGUUUAGACCGUGCUGAUAUAAUGCAGCGUGUGAUGAGAAACAUUCAGAAAUCACAAGGUUUACAUCGAAAAACCAGCGAAAACUCGACAAAUAUUGGUUUAUUAGCGAAUGAAAUCAAUCAGGAACCGAUUUCAUACCCAUCAAUGCGUGUACAACGCGAUGCAUUCAGGGAUUUCUUGAAUAAACGCCUCACGAUGCGACAGAAAAUGCAGAAAGAAGAUCGUAAUGAUCGCCCUGAUUUAGAUUAUUUCGAAGAAGAGUGGAGAAACAAGCGAGAGAAUGAGUUGAAAAAGUAUGACUUUUAUGAAUAUUUAGCUGAUGAGAAAGAUUAUAUUGAAGAAAACGAUGAGAUAAAUGAAAAAUAGAUAUUAGAAUGCUUAAA